CCUCCCUGUUUUCAUCCAAAAUAUCUUCAUUUGUUUUCCGAAGACGAACAAAGCUUUUAUGGGUUUGGAACGACAUGGGGGGUAAAUCAUCUAUGACAAAAUUAUCAUUUUGCGGUGGAGUAACACUUUAAGAAGGAAGAAAAAAGUUGUGGCAAAAGUUUGUUUAGUCAUCAGUUCUCCCAUUCUUUCAACCGCACUUCUUGAAAAGACUCCUCAGACAAACUAAUAACCUAGUGACAGUUGUUCCAGCACGCGCCAUCAUCAUGGUGAGUCCUGUUCUUUGCUUUCAAGAGUGCUAUUGGAGAAAGACUUUAGUGGGGUUCUGAAUUAGAAGACUGACCUUCAUAUGCUCCUCAAAUAAACAGCAGAGAUUAUCAUUUAUGCUUAUAUAAUAGGCGUUUGACCACCUGACCAGAGUUUGUGUUGUUUCUCACUCUGAAAGGCCAAAGAAUGAAACUGUGGUUUUGAGCUGAUGAUAAACCUGACACCAGAUCAGGGUCGUGAUGUUCGAUAGUGAAACCUGGUUACACUUCUUCCUUAUUAAAGUACUGGAAACAUGCAUUUCCUCUGGGUGUAUUUGUGAUUCUCACUCGUUUCAGAGCCACUGUGUUCUUGCACACACUGGGCCUCUAAUGUACAAUCCCUGAUGUCUCACUUUAACUCACUGUCUGGUGAAAGUUUGUAUUCCCAACCUGCUCCGAACAAUCAAUUCAGCAGCGCCGGGAAUCAUGACCAGAAUCCAGUGUUGAUCUCAAAGCUGCCGAAACUUAAACCUGUGGACGUGAAUAAAAGCGCAGGCUCCAGGCCUUUGCCUAAACCACUCAUGGUCAAACCCAACUUCAUGGUUAGCUCUAUGGAGGCUGGAUUCAAUCCUCCAGUUUCUAACAACAAGACCAGUGAUGACCCGAGAAGUGAUGCUGUUGGAGUGAAGCUGCCCAGUAGAGGAAAACAGGAGAACGCUUUUACACAAGCCCCCACUGGAGCCGGAUCCCAGAUUCCUGCCAAACUGCCUAUUAUGCAGAAACCUAUUCUCUAUGAAAAGAUCUCUGCAGCACCGGGACCAGCUACUGGUGAUUUGUCAGUGCCGAAAAAGAAGUCUCUUCCCAGUGUGUUUGCUUUAGGAAAAUGUCCUGCCAAACCACAGAGACCUCCACAUGUUAACCUCAACAGGUUCAGAGGGAACGUAUUCAACACCAGCAACCUUGAGGAAAGUUUCUCCCUCCCACCCCCACCGCCUCCAGAUCGCCUGUCAAUCACAUCUGCAGCUCCACCCCCACCACCAGCCUUCACAUUUCCACCUGCUCCCCCUCCAGUGGAUGAGGAGGGUUAUUACGAUGAUACGGAUGUCAUGAGCCGGAUGGAGACUUCACUAGGUAAAAGCAGCAAUGACCCUGAGGAGUCAGAAGAGGACAUGUACGAGGAUCUGGAUGAAAACUGGCCAGAGGAGAACGAAGAACAGAAAGAAGAAAAGACGACAAAAGAAUCAAAAGAACUCAAGAAAAAGCUGGAAAAAGAAGAGAAGAAACGCUUGGAGCAGGAGAAGAAAGAGAAGAAAGAGAGAGAGAAAAGGGAGCAGGAGGCCAGGAAAAAGUUUAAAAUCAAGGGUCCUGUUGUGGUGGUGGAAACAGUGAAGGCCAGUGUGAAUCACAAGGGAGGAAAGAACAAACUUCCACUGAAGCAGGGAGAGAGCAUUGAAAUUGUACGUAAAACAGAAAACCCAAAGGACUAUUGGCUCGCCAGAAACACCGGAGGCCUCUAUGGUUUUGUGAAGCCUGACACUUUAGCUGUUGUGGGAAGCACACAGGAUGAACAGGAUGUGUAUGAUGAUGUGUGCGCAGAUGAUGACGUCCAUAAUCUACCAGAUGUGCCAGAAGCUGAAUGUGAUGAUGAUAUUUAUCAUUAUCCAGAUGAUCUACAAGCUGAUUUCAGCUUUCCCCCUCCACCUCCUCCAGAGCCUCUGGCAUUUAAUGGUGUGUGUGCCACUGAAGAAACAUAUGAUGACAUUUUCCCAGUAGACUUCCCUCCUCCUCCGUGUCCUAACAGCUUCCCAAAGUUCAGCUCAAACAGCAAGACAGACGAGAUGGACCCGAAGAAAAAGAAAAAGUUUGAGAAGGAGGAGAAAGAGUUUAGGAAGAAGUUCAAAUAUAAUGCGGAAAUCAAAGUGCUGUAUCAAGCUACUGUUCUCCAGUCGCUGUCUGUAAAGAAGUUUGGUAAUAAAGACUUGCCAAUCAAACCUGGAGAAAUCAUUGAUGUGAUAGUUCAUCCAGGAAAUGACAAACUCAUCGGCAGGAACAGCGAAGGAAAAUUCGGAUAUGUGUCUACUGCUAAUUUGGAGCAGGACGCCUCUGUGUAUGAUGAUAUUGGUGACGAGUGUGUCUACGACAAUGACUAAGCAUGGAAAAACCCAUCUAGUGUGUUUUUAUCAUCUUUCAAUGCCCUUAUUUGUCAUUAAUUCUUUUACCAAAAAAAACAAACAAACUGUGCAUUGUUUGAGAAUGAUAUAUAGUGAAUAUUAUAAAAUGUAUAUUUAAAGUCACCUAAGCAGGAAUAAAGUAAUUUGUGAUCCUGC